AUGGCUGAGGUUCCUCCCCCUACCCCAUCCGAACUUUUGAGGAUGGUGACCGAGCUUCAACAAGCAAAUCAGCGAAUGGCAGAGGAAAACCAACGCAUGCAAAAUCAAAUCGCACAAUUGGAACAAGCUCGCCUGGAGCAUAAUAAUGACAACCGCGAACACGGUAAUGAUGAACGGCGGUCGUUGUCAACUCACGUCUCCGACACACCACAGCAUGAGAAUGAUGAGGAGCAACGGAAUGAAGAGCACGAAGAUGAGGGGGAAAACCUCGACAACUCUGUAGGACCAUUCACAGCCGAGAUAAUGAACUUCCAGCUACCAAGACAGUUCACCCUGCCGACCACAUUAACCCCAUAUGACGGGCUGGGAGAUCCUAAACAGCAUGUUAAAAAAUUCCGAUCAAUCAUGAUUGUCAACGGUGCCUCUGAUCCUAUUUUAUGCCGAUGUUUUCCUUCUUUUUUAGAUGGUCCUGCACUUGACAGGUUCUGUUCUUUGCCUGCAGAUUCCAUCUUGCGCUUUCAGGAACUAACCAAACAAUUUGAGGACCAUUUUGCAGCCUCGGCAAUUUACCUCCACGACUCAGAUUACUUAACAACCAUCAAGCAAGGCUCGCAGGAGAGUCUAAAGGAUUAUAUAACCCGGUUCACUAAGGUUGCCAUGAGUAUUCCGGAUCUCCACCCCGAAGUGCAUCUUCAUGCCAUUAAAAGCGGUCUCCGACCAGGAAAAUUCCAAGAAACUAUUGCGGUAUCUAAGCCGAAGACUCUAGCUGAAUUCCGCGAAAAGGCCAAGGGACAAAUAGACAUCGAAGAGCUUCGCCAGGCACGUAAGUCAGAGAAGCCCACCUUUAAAGACGACGAAAAAGCUUGGGAUACCAGGAAGGGCUUCAAACCGGUCCCCCGUUACGAGUCAUACACCCAGUUUAACACCAAGAGGGAUGACAUCAUUAAGGAAAUUCUGAAUUCCAAAUUGAUCAAACCGCCCCGCAAGGCAGGAAAUUACCCCGAGCCCAAAAACAUUGACAAGUCAAAAUACUGCACCUUUCACCAGAAGCACGGACACACAACCGAUGAGUGUGUAAUUGCUAAAGAUCUCCUCGAAAGAUUAGCUCGCCAAGGCCAUCUUGAUAAAUUCAUCACAGGCCAUAUGCAGAAAAGAGUAGCAUCUCAUUCCGAACAACCCUCAACAGGUCAGUCAUCAAAAGAAAAAGAUAAGGCCCCAGCUCAACCACGGGGGGUAAUAAACUGUAUUUCCGGAGGUUACGCCAGUGGUGGAAGCUCCAGUUCGGCCAGAAAACGAACAUACCGAGCUAUGUUAAUGGUAGAAGGUGCUGAUCAAAACUCAGAGCUAAUUCCAGACGUUCCAGAGCUGACAUUUCACCCUACAGACUUCAACACCAGACACACCAACUACGACGACCCUGUAGUCGUCUCUAUCCAAUUAGGCGACCUUAUUGUUCGGAAAACAUUGCUCGAUCCAGGGAGUAGUGCCGAUCCAUAUUCAGGAGACCUCGUCGGAUUCUCAGGAGAGCGAGUCCCUGUUCUGGGGUCGGUAUGGUUGCAGACCACACUAGGUGAACAACCAUUAUCCAAAACACAGGACAUCCAGUACCUAGUUGUAGACUGUUUUAGCCCUUAUAACGUUAUUUUAGGGCGACCUUUUUUAAACAAAUUUGCUGCUAUUGUUUCCACAUAUCACCUUUGUGUCAAGUUUCCUGUGCAGGAUAAUAGAAUUGCAACCAUACACGGCGACCUCCAGGAAGCUCGGCAAUGCUAUAACAUAAGCCUGAAGCCUAUCAAAAGAAACACUGAAGCUCGGAUCAACUCAAUUCAAUCCGAGCAACCAAUCUUGAUGGAAUUAGAUCCAAGGGCCGAUUUUCUUGAACGCCCUACGCCCAAUGAAGAUCUUCAAAAGAUCGCCCUAACCGACGAUCCAUCAAAGUUCACAUUUAUCGGAACGUCAAUGGACGACGAGGCUAAGAUAAAAAUGACAAAUUUCUUACGUGCAAACGCCGACCUUUUCGCAUGGACUUCAGGAGACAUGCGGGGGAUUAGUCCAUCAGUGAUAACACAUAAGCUAGCUGUUAGUCCGGCGGCUCGACCAAUCUCCCAAAAGAAGAGAAACCUCGGCGCCGAAAAACGAUCAGCUUCCAUGGCAGAGGUCAAUAAGCUCCUGGAGGCAAAAUUCAUCCGCGAAAUCAGAUUCACCACAUGGCUGGCCAACGUCGUUAUGGUAAAAAAGAAUAACGGUAAAUGA